AUGGCCUCUGCCAUGCGCGGGACGCAGCCGUCGAUCCGGCACACCGCUGUCAACGCGAUCGACGCAACUGGUCGGACGCAGCUCGCGCGCGCCUCCUUCUGGACCCCAAGAUCGACAUUGCCCUUGAGGACAACGCCGGUGUCGCCGCUCGAGUACGCCGAGAAGUUCAAGCACGUCAACUGCGCGGCUUUGGUGCGCAACGAAGCCAACUACCGCGUCAAGGACCCUUCCAACGACUUUGUGACCAACCUCCGCGCCGAGCUCACGGUCGCUGAUGGCGCCGACUUUGACGAGCGCCUCUUCCGCCAAGCAGUCGAGAACGACCCCGCCGCUGCCGCCAAGUACCUCGACCAGUUCGUCUCAAGUGGCCGGUACGACUAUUCUUUUACGCAGCUCGACGCGAUCUGCGGCCGGAAGAACGUCAAGUCGUCGGCCUUGUACUCCGUCUUGAACGACUCGAUCGUGGACGACGGUGGCGCCAAGCACGACCUUUUGCAGCACGUCGUGCUGCAGCGUGUGCUGGACGUCAAGUGGGAGCUCUUUAGCGCGCGAAAGUACUACCAGCAGCUGCUCAUGCACCUCCUCGUGCUCGGCGCCAUGACACGACGGUCACAUUCGACUUUCGGCUGCGGGCCGCCGUCGUCGCGUCGCGGGCCGUCGAAGAGAGUGACGGCCAACGACACGACGAAGGUGGGCAAGCUCGAGGCCGAGUACGUCAAGAAGCUCAGUCUCCAGACAAGUGCCGUUGUGUGGCUCUUCUCGGUCGUCUUUUGUCUCGUUGGUUUUGUGCAUUUGCGCCAGCUCAAGCCCGAGCGCCUCCUCAAGCUCGUGCGCUGGAUGUACGACGGCAAGCACGUCCUCGACCCCAGCUUUGCCAUUCCACACGUCGCCAAGUACAAGGCCAAGGUGCGAUCUUGGCUCCUCGUUCGCACGAUCCUCUGGACGCUCGUGCUUGCGGUGCCGCUGCUUGUCGUGACGUACACGCUCGACGUUGACGGGCAGAUUGCCGUGCUGCAGUACCAGUCGUUCGCAGCGUUCGGUAUCCUCCUCAUCACGGCCGCGUACUUUCUCGUGCUCGAGUACCUCGAGCUCCUCGGCGAAGAUCCGUGGAUCUUCGAGUGCAUCGAGGACGCCAACGUCCUCGGAAAGCUCUAUUGGUCGUUUGUGCUCGUGUUUUUGCUGCCGUUCAUCGUGCCCUUCAAGGCCUCGUACCGCAAGUACUUUGCCUCGUUCACCAACAAGCUCCAGCUUACGACGUACCUCUGGAUCCUCGGUCCUUUUGCGCUGCUCCAUGCGAUGGAGAACAUUGUUGGCUACCCAUUUGAGCUCACGGUCACGCUCGCCGAGUUCCUCGAGGUCAACAAGACCGCCGGCUACCUCCUUCCGAUCGUCAAGGACGUCAUGGGCGACGUCUGGGACUUUCUCAUCUUUUAUGGCGUCUUCCAGUGCGGCCUCACGUGUGCCUACUACUUUAUCUUUCAGCAAAAGUCGGAUGCGUACAAGACGCUCUGGGCCAGCUUCCGCGCCACGUACUUUGUCAUGUACGGCGAGAACGGCGUCGGCGACUUCAACGCCAAGGACGACACGACCAAGGAGCACCUGCUGCAAGGCCCGAUCAUGCAUUUCGGCUUUAUUCUGCGCAUGUUCCACUGCGCGGUCAUGGUCGUGCUUCUGCUCAACUUGCUUCUCGCGAUGAUGAACAAGACAGUCGACCGCAACUGGGCCAAGCUGCAGUCGCGGGCGCUGGCGAGCUACGCGCGCUGCGUGCUGCGCCUCGAGACGAUGCUGGGGCACACGGAAGCGGCGCGCGAGAAGCGCCUUCAGAUUUUGACGCCCGCUGGUCCGGUCCUCAACCCGAUUUUUGGCGAGCACGUCUCCAAGCGUCAGCUUACGAUGUCCACCGCCAAGGACGACAUUGAUGAAGACACGCGUCGAGACGGACUUCUGACCAAGGUGCACGACUUGUCGAUCCAGAACGCGCAGCUCGAGACUCAAAUCGCCGGUACCACGCAACGCCUCGAUAGCCAGCUACACGACGUGCUUGCAGCCAUCCAACGCGCUGCCAAGUAG